UUAUUGGUCGCCGAUGAGCCGGAAGUGCUCGGUCCGAUGGUGUUAGUCCUCCGGGCUUUGUGCAUCAUGGCUGUUCCAGCGGGAAGGUCUGUGGUCUUCGUGACUGGAAACGCAAAGAAACUCGAAGAGGUCAUUCAGAUCCUGGGAGACAAAUUUCCUUACAAACUAGUGUCAAAAAAGAUUGACUUGCCUGAAUAUCAGGGAGAGCCAGAUGAGAUUUCCAUACAGAAGUGUAAGGAGGCGGCACGGCAGAUUGAUGGGCCAGUCAUUGUAGAGGACACCUGCCUGUGCUUUAGGGCUUUGGGGGGACUACCUGGUCCUUACAUCAAAUGGUUUCUUGAUAAACUCAAGCCUGAAGGUUUGCACAAGCUGUUAGCUGGGUUUGAAGAUAAAUCAGCGUGGGCUCUCUGCACUUUUGCUUUCUGUGCUGGGAAAGAUGAACCCGUACAACUCUUCAGAGGGAAAACAGAGGGGUGCAUUGUUGAACCCAGAGGGCCUCGAGACUUUGGAUGGGAUCCCUGUUUCCAGCCAGACGGUUAUGACAAAACCUAUGCUGAACUUCCCAAAGACGUGAAGAAUACCAUCUCUCACCGCUACCGUGCACUCACUGCCAUGUCUGAGCACUUCAUUAAACUCAACAAUACCUCACCACAGAGCAAGAAGAAGAAAAUCCAGGAUGAUUAAAGAUUACCUUCGGGCCACCGGAAAGUUCUCAAUAUGCAGCAAUAACGUAUCAAAUGUCUAGUCAUCAGAUUUGAAAAAGCCGGGGGAUACUCUCGAUUACAAAGACAUUUUUGUCGUUGGCCGAUUUGUGAUCACAACGUGUACUCGCAGGGUCUGCAUUGAAAAAGUUGCUGUUCGUGCUUAAUUGUAAGUAAAUUUACCUUCCUCUGGGGACACUGUUCUGUUUUUAGAGUAACAGAGCACUGAAACGGUUUCUUGAAACAUCUCGACUGCUUUCUAAAAUGUUCUAGUAUUGAGUAUGCUGCUAAUUUUUAAGUGUAAAUCUGUCAUCAUUCAUUCAAUAACCUGAAGGAACAAAUACAGACACCAUGACUUACCA